AUGGAGCCGGCGCCUGAGCUGUUCGGCGAGGAGCUGCAAGGGCUCUUGGAAGAGGCGUGGACACAUCUUGAGCACCGUAUAGACCAGGUGCAGAAAGAGACGCUUCAGCAAUACGCUGAGGAUCUCAAGAGAUUUGGCGUUCCAGAGGUCUCGGAGGACUUCGUUGGAAAGGUGAGAUGUCGUUUGCAUGCGGUGCUGCUGGGCCCAGUGGCGGAGGACAUGCGCCGCAAGGUCCUUCCGGAGUCGGAGUCCGACGCACAACUCGUGCUGGAUGACCUUCUGGACAGGUGGGAGCUCGAGGUGGAGCCGUUGCUCGGGGAGGCGGCCCAACAGGAUGCGCGCCUCAUCAGGCGCUUGGAGCGGAAAGCCCAGCGGGGCACGCGGGAAAGUUGGCAGGCCAAGGAGAGCGCCCGCUGGUGUGGGCGCCCUGUAAGAGUGCCCUGCAGGCCAUCGAGGAGCCGCUGCGGAGAUUGUCGGCCUUCAUGGCGGACUUGCCUGCGGAUCGACUGGCUGCCGCAGUGCCCUCGGUGA